AUGAGCGGUUCCCUCGCUACGCCGGGUGGCAUCUCGGAUCCCGCCCUUAUCCAGCUCGUCAACAAGCUUCAAGAUGUCUUCGCGACCGUUGGAGUCAACAACCCCAUUGAUUUGCCCCAGAUUGCUGUCGUUGGUAGUCAGUCAAGUGGAAAGAGUUCAGUGCUUGAGAACAUUGUCGGUCGAGACUUCUUGCCCCGAGGCUCCGGUAUCGUAACUCGACGACCCCUCGUCCUCCAGCUCAUCAACCGUACCGCGCAGACCAAUGGCGUAAAGCAAGAAGAUAUCGACGCUGGCUCAGACAAGGCCGCCAACCCCGACGAGUGGGGAGAGUUUCUGCAUAUCCCCGGCCAGAAGUUCUACGACUUCCAAAAGAUUCGUGACGAGAUUUCCAGGGAAACCGAGGCCAAGGUUGGUCGAAAUGGCGGCAUCUCCCCUGCCCCAAUCAACCUGCGCAUCUACUCUCCCAACGUCCUCACCCUGACCCUGGUCGAUUUGCCCGGUCUGACCAAGGUGCCGGUGGGAGAUCAACCCCGAGAUAUCGAGCGACAGAUCCGAGAGAUGGUUCUCAAGUACAUUGGAAAGUCCAACGCUAUCGUCCUUGCGGUCACCGCCGCCAACCAGGAUUUGGCCAACUCGGAUGGUCUGAAGCUUGCGCGCGAGGUCGACCCCGAAGGUCAACGGACGAUCGGUGUCCUGACCAAGGUCGACCUGAUGGAUGAUGGCACAGACGUCAUCGAUAUUCUCUCGAACCGUGUCAUCCCUCUUCGACUGGGCUACGUCCCUGUGGUCAACCGAGGUCAGCGAGAUAUCGACAACAAGAAGGCCAUCAAUGUGGCGCUGGAGGCGGAAAAGAACUUCUUCGAGAACCACAAGGCCUACCGCAACAAGAGCUCGUACUGCGGAACGCCUUAUCUGGCCCGCAAGCUCAACCUGAUCCUCAUGAUGCACAUCAAACAGACCCUCCCCGAUAUCAAGGCCCGAAUCUCCAGCUCCCUGCAGAAGUAUUCGUCCGAGCUCGAGAGCCUUGGUCCCUCCAUGCUUGGCAACAGCGCCAACAUUGUUCUCAACAUCAUCACCGAGUUCACGAACGAGUGGCGAACAGUCCUGGACGGUAACAACACUGAGCUGUCCAGCACCGAACUGUCGGGUGGUGCCCGUAUCAGCUUCGUCUUCCACGAGCUCUACUCCAACGGUGUCAAGGCCAUCGACCCGUUUGACGUUGUCAAGGAUGUGGAUAUCCGCACCAUACUAUACAACUCGUCUGGUUCCUCCCCCGCUCUCUUUGUGGGCACCACCGCCUUCGAGCUGAUCGUCAAGCAACAAAUCAAGCGACUCGAGGACCCCAGCUUGAAGUGUGUCUCCCUCGUCUAUGAUGAGUUGGUCCGCAUCCUAUCGCAGCUGCUUGGGAAGCAGUUGUACCGCCGGUACCCUGGGCUCAAGGAGAAGAUGCACACUGUCGUGAUUGGCUUCUUCAAGAAGGCCAUGGACCCCACCAACAAGUUGGUCCGGGAUCUCGUCUCCAUGGAGUCGUGCUACGUCAACACUGGUCACCCUGAUUUCCUCAACGGCCACCGAGCAAUGGCCAUCGUCAACGAGCGAUACAACCCCGCCAAGCCUGUUCAGGUUGAUCCCAAGACUGGCAAGCCCCUUGCCUCAACUCCCCGUGCUGCCAGCCCCACUGUUCCUGAGGCCGGUGCCGACGGAAACAACUCGGGCUUCUUCGGUAGCUUCUUUGCUGCGAAGAACAAGAAGAAGGCCGCCGCCAUGGAGGCUCCUCCCCCUACACUAAAGGCCUCGGGCACCCUCUCAGAGCGUGAGAACAUUGAGGUCGAAGUCAUCAAGCUGCUGAUUUCCUCGUACUACAACAUUGUGAAGCGAACCAUGAUUGACAUGGUUCCCAAGGCCGUCAUGCUGAACCUUGUCCAGUUCACCAAGGAUGAGAUGCAACGAGAACUCCUCGAGAACAUGUACCGAACCGACACCCUAGACGAGCUUCUGAAGGAGAGCGAUUUCACCAUCAGGAGACGGAAGGAGUGCCAGCAAAUGGUCGAGUCUCUCUCUAAGGCCAGCGAGAUCGUCAGUCAAGUACAGUAA